AGACCCCAACAUUUCCAACGAGUCAACAGCGAAUCCGCACCCCGCCAUCAUGGCUUGCACAUUGACGACUAUUCUUGCCGGAGUUGGUGGCUUAUACCUCCUUGCAAAGGUUGUGAGCUAUGCUAGAGCUCUAUUAAGUUUGUUUGUGCUGAGCGGCACCUCGCUCCGUAAAUUCGGUAGAAAGGGCUCAUGGGCCAUUGUCACCGGUGCUUCCGACGGUAUUGGCAAAGAGUAUGCCAUCCAGUUGGCCCAGAAGGGCUUCAACAUUGUUCUUAUUUCUCGGACCCAGUCCAAGCUUGAAGCUCUCGCGCAGGAGAUCCAGACCAAAUAUGCCGGCUCAGCCAUUCAGACAAAGAUCUUAACCAUGGACUUUACGAAGAAUCUCGACGAGGAUUAUUCGAAGCUAAAGGCAUUGGUGGAUGGCCUUGAUGUUGCUGUUCUCGUCAACAAUGUCGGCAAAAGCCACGAAAUGCCUGUGCCUUUCAUCUUGACUCCCAAACAAGAAUUGAACGAUAUCAUUGCGGUCAAUUGCAUUGGUACUCUACGCGUAACCCAGAUUGUUGCCCCUGGAAUGGCACAACGUGGACGGGGACUUAUUCUGACCAUGGGUUCCUUUGGUGGUCUCCUGCCAACUCCUCUGCUUGCGACCUACUCUGGCAGCAAGGCGUUCUUGCAGCAAUGGUCAACCGCUCUAGGCGCCGAACUGAAACCGCAUGGUGUUCAGGUUGAGCUUGUCAUCAGCUAUCUUGUUACUUCCGCUAUGUCUAAGAUUCGCCGACCGAGCUUGGCAAUUCCGAAUCCGAGAAACUUCGUCAAGACGACACUGGCGAAGAUUGGAAGAAGCGGGGGUGCUCAAGGAAUUGCUUACACUUCAACCCCUUACUGGAGCCAUGGUUUGAUGCACUGGGCUCUGUCAACAUUUGUGGGAACUAUGAACCACGUUGCUCUUGGCCAGAACAAAGCUAUGCACGAGAGCAUUCGCAAGCGGGCCCUGAAAAAGCAAGAGCGCGAGGCUAAGAAAGCUUUGUGAAUUGCUUUACCUUGACCCAUCCAUGCACGCAUUUACAAGCUCAAUACUAGAUAUAGUAUUCUAUAAGAUGGACAGAGCUUAAUAGAUUGUCCGACCGCCUACACAUGCGAGCAAGGCCAGAGAACCUCGAAAUGCUACAGAUUCGGCAGACGACGAAGUAGAUCACGGCAUGUAACGUGUCAAUGACCAUGCAUAAAUUUAGAGUCACAAAUUAUUAAAUAACAAAGUC